AAUAAAAAAAAUACUAAAUAUUAAAAACUUUUAACAAACUUAUUUUAAAGCAAAGAAAGUAAGAUCGCAAAUGUAUUUGUGCUUAAAUUUUGUGCUCUAGUGGUUCUAACUAAAUACUUUAUUUCCCCAGUCUUUAUCAUGGCGUGGGGUUUGCCCAAGUUGCCAGGGUUGACGUUCGCUGAUCCGACGAAGACUCAACACCACAUACGUAGCUCCCUGAGAUACUACCAAGGGCACCGGUUUCCCGACACGACGUUGAGAGCCCCUGGAGGGACCGCUACGGAUGCGGAUAGCAACGCGUUCGCUUUGCCAGAAGAUUCUGUCAUCUACGAUCCCUCGCUAACAUACGGCAGAGUCAAGCAGCCAGCGUUGCCCGCUGUGAUACCACAUUGGGUGCACUACGACAAGAGGUGCCUCAACUUCACGGCUUUCUUCAAACAGCCGGUGUACGACAACCCUGAUGAGAACUAUAGGGUGCGAGUCGUCAACUUAGUGUACUUCCUUGAGGACGACACAAUGACAGUGAUGGAACCACGUGUCAAGAAUUCGGGCUUAUGGCAGGGGAGACUUGUGAAACGCAACAAGAUACCCAAAAAUGAUCUGGGAGAGUUCUGGCAUUGGAAAGAUCUGGACAACGGGAAGGACAUCUGUAUUUACGGAAAAGUGUUCCACACGGUGUCUUGUGAUCUGUUUACUAAGGAGUGGUUGGAGUCUCAAGGUGUAGAGUUAUCCAAAGAAGAGGAUCUUCCCAUAGAUGCUUAUAGUGAAAAAGAACAUUGGAAGACAAUGAAGCCACCGAAAAGAGUGAAAAGCCAAGCAGAUCGCUUACAAAGGUUCCUAGAAUACGAGGGAAAAGUAUUGACGUUUAACGUGGUCUGGGAUAACCGGGAUGCAGAGUUCGGCGAGCUCACUGAAUACAAAAUGUUGUACUUUCUACAAGACGAUACGAUCGCUAUUAAGGAACUUCACGAUGGCAAAGGUGGUAAGGAUCCUUUCCCUCUACUGCUCAAGAAAAGAAAGCUGCCUAAAAAUUGGAAAGAAAGGCCAGUAUCAUUCCCGUCGAUUGCUCUGGAAACUACGGAGGAGGAGAUUACCGAAUACUAUGCGCCGAUGGACCUUAUCGUGGGGCAGACGGUUUUCUUGCUCGGACGGCGGUUCCUUAUAUUCGACUGUGACAAAUUUACACGGAAUUACUACAAGGCCAUGCUGAACAUAGAGCAGCCGGCGCGCAUUGAGGUUCGUCAUGAAACUAAGAAAGAAUUCCCUAAGAGUAUACCUCCACACAUCGGUAUAGGCGCACCCGAGGACACUUUGGGCUCCUGCUUCGGCCUCAUACCAAAACCACCUCACAAAGAUAUCAUCAAGUACAACCUCAACGCUAACAAGUAUCUCCGUUACCUGUGCGAGUUGGAUUGGAUUCACCCAGAGGAUGAGGGACGCCAGUUCGUGCUGGCGUUAAGUCUCGCAGACGGCGCGAUUAAGAUCGGGGAGAUACCGCGACGUAACUCCGGCAUACGAGAGGGAAAGUUCCUCAAGGCGAUGCGACUGGAGACGCCCGAGUCGGACCCUAACUUCCCAACAUAUUAUACACCUGAUAGAUUUUAUAUCGGGGCAAUAGUGCCGGUGUUCAAGCACCGCUUCAAGAUCGUCGGCUGCGAUCUGUUCGUGUAUCGCUACAUGACCGCGAACCCGGACAAGUUCCCACAGGAGGUUAUUGAUAAUGUUCGCAACUAUCACAUGCGGGAGGGGAACUUGAAAGAAGACCUAGAGGAAGAUUUUCGCGAAGAGGAAGCGGCUGAGACAAGAGCCCAGCUGGCCAAGAUCGGCCAGGCAGCGGUGGCCGAGCCGAACGCCAUGGAGCGCUGCCUGGCCGCGCUGGACGUGGUGGAGGGGAGCGCCGCGCCGCCGCGACCGCCUACCCCGCCCGCCACUACCGACCGCAUCUCCUACGAUGACUCUUUACGUAUCGCUAAACUGAGUAAACCCACGUGCGACAACGUGAUACCAUUGAAAGGUAUACUAAAAUCGAGUGCAGCGCGCGACGACCACCAGAAGGUCGUCUGCUUCAGCGGACCGAAGGUCGAGGAGAGACGCGAGACGAGCCAGCCGGUGACCUACCCGCCGGGACAACAGCCACACUUCGUGGAGGAUGAUGACUUCUGCCACAGAUACAAGGACGCAGAGGCAGACGAAAGGGCCGAUAGACGCGCUCACGACAUUUGUCCAUACGAACUGAUGCCGAGCCAACAGCCCCAGAGCACGGCAGCGGAUGAAAACCUGGAGAAGUCCAAGUUGCCUGGGUACCUGGGCACACAUGGCAUCAGUUGCAAAGAGGUACCCGACUACAUGCGUUUAUCACCAGACGCAUACGAAAAGGUGAAAAAACUCCGUCGCGACGUGCCCGAAAUCUCGCCGGCUGCGAUACGCAUAGCCGAUUACCCCCGAGAGCCAGCGCCCUCCGUCGAUGCCUGCGUCAACCCACCUCCAGAGCACACGGGCCCUUGCGCGACGAAGACGGAAGACGUUUCCUUCGCGUGCCCACACGUGGAACCGAAAAUGCCUUGUUGUGUGCCUGAUAAUAAUGCACAUUAAAUUAAGCAUCCUUUGCACCCUCCAUGAAUUCUGCGUGAUAACACUGAGUUUUACAUAAAGAACAAAGAAAACAUCCCCUUCAAGCAUAUUUACAAAAACUAUAAUAUAUUGUUGUGCACCUGAUAUCAAUACGGUUUUUUUUAUAAAAUGAAAGAAAACUAGUUUAUUGCACCCUCCGUGAAUAUCUGCGUCAAUCCACCUCCAGAGCCCACGGGCCCUUGCGCGACGAAGAAGGAAGACGUUUCCUUCGCGUGCCCACACGUGGAACCGAAAAUGCCUUGUUGUGUGCCUGAUAAUAAUGCACAUUAAAUUAAGCAUCCAAUGCACUUUCCAUGAAUUCUGCGUGAAAACACUGAGUUUUACAUAACGAACAAAGAAAACAUUCCCUUCAAGCACAUUUACAAAAACCAUAAUAUAUUGUUGUGCACCUGAUAACAAUACGGAAUUUUAUAAAAUGUAAACUAGUUUUAUUGCAACCUCCGUGAAUAUCUGCGUCAACCCACCUUCAGAGCCCAUGGGCCCUUGCGCGACGAAGAAGGAAGACGUUUCCUUCGCGUGCCCACACGUGAAACCGAAAGUGCCUUGUUGUGUUCCUGAUAAUAAUGCAUAUUAAUCAUAAAAUUUAUACUAUCAUCACUUUGCAUUGUACCGUCCACGAAUGUAUGCGUGAAAACACCCUACCGAGCUUUACAGAACGAAGAAAGAAAACAUUCCCUUCAACCUACUUACAGAACCUAUAAUGUAUUGUUGUGCGCCUGAUAACAAUGCGAAAUAAUUAUAACUAAUUUGUAAACAAGAUUUUUGCAAUUCCACGGGCCCUUGUACAACGAAGAAAGAAAAUGUUUUCUUUACCACUCACACAGUAGCUAGUUUGUGUGUAUAAAUACGGACCCUUGCACAACGAAAAAAAUGACAACGAAAAGACGUUUGCGGUUUGAUAUUGCCACACUAAAUUGCCUUGUUCUGAGUCUGAUAUUGUGGUAUAAUUAUGAGAUUAAAAGUUUUUUUUUGUGUGUAUUUAACGAAUGAGACGAGCUUAUAAUGAUUUAUUUAAAGAAUAAAUUAACUU